GAUCUACCAAUGCUGUAAUGAAUUCUCCGAGCCAUACGGUUGUCGGAACAAAAUCAUUAGAAAAAAACUGGAUUAAAAUGAAGGCAUUUCAGUUACUGAGUAUCAACACGGCAUGAUGAAGCUGAUCAACUAGAGGAUUUCUGAUGUUAGAAAGUUUAUUGGAACUCGAGGAAAUGAAAUAAUCAUGUUUAUGAGGAAUAUGGGAUUAAUUACAAUGCUUUGACAUCCAACUAGACUAUGAGGAAUAAAGGAUUAAGUCCAAUUCUUUGACAUCAAAAUUAACAGGAAAAUAGUCAUUUAAACCGUAGAAAGGUUUCAUCUGCACUUUUAUGAAAUGUCGACAUAAAAGUCUCGUGAUAAAUGUACAACUUGUGUAAUAAUAAUUCACCAAGGGAAUUUUAUAAAGCUAAUAAAUUCAGUAUCAGUCAAGAAUUACUUUGGAACUUCAACAUCAGACUGUAUUUUGAAAAUGAAACUUUUCUGCAAGAAACAAAACUUGAAUUGUGAUGAUAUAUAUAAAGCUGAUGUUAAUUUUAUCACCAUACAAAGAUUUUAAAACAUCUUCGGAAUGAAAUGCUUGUAUUUCACCAAAUGCUGAGCAAUAUGGACAUCCAUUCUUACGGACAUAAGCGACACACAGAUAGUGCCACUUAUCAAGAGAUAAGCGGCUCAUUCACCAUCAUCGUAGAGGUGUUGAUGAUACUUGUGAAUUGUUUGCCAUUAUUUGUUAUAAUUCGAUGGAAGAAGUAUAGUGAACGAACAACAACUGAUGACAUAAUUGUUGUCUUAAGUAUAUUGUAUAUACUCUCAGUCCUUGUGCCAACACCGCUGGGUCAUCUUAGCUACUUUAGGGAUAAAUGGUAUGGUGGUGAUGCGUCAUGUCAAUUUUAUCAAGUGACCACGAAUUGGUUUCGUUUAAGCACAAUAUUCAUCGUUUCAAUCUUAUGCAUAGACAAGUCUUUGGCUCUACAUUUUUACAUCAAACAUAAUUUUACUGCACGUUACCACGGCAAAACAAAACUUAUUUUCGCAAUUUUCACCGCCAUAACUGUCGCCUUAAUUGUUUCAUGUUUUCCAGUUUUAGGAUUUGGACCACUUCGAAAAGCGAGAAACAAAUGUGGUUCCUGGAUUAACGAAGAACCUGUUGAGCCAAAAGAGUUUGCUUUUAUUGGUGCUUUGUUAACGAGUGGAUAUGGAAAUUUCCUUUGUGCAAUUUUAACAAAUGUAUCAAUGGUAUUAAAUCUUAAAAAAGUUAAACGUUCUUUGUACCGAUCUAAUAAUGGUCCAAAUCAACGGGACGAAAUCCGAUGGCAGUUAGAAGGAGUUGUUGUAAUACAUAGUGUUAAAAUGGUAAUGGCGGUGUCUAUUUUACUGUAUAUAACCUGGUUUCCUGCUUUGCUAUUGAUGACACUACAGCAAGCAGGACUAACAGUUAGUGAUAUUUCCGUCCUCUAUGCUUUACUAAGCACUACUUUAUCGGGACUACUCAACCCUAUACUAUAUGGAUUGUUUGAUACAUCGUACAGAAGAGGAUACAAAAAUCUGUUUAAAGCCCUUAGACAGAGAUGUUGUUGCUGUGCCAAAGUACAAGAUUCUAUACCAGCUGUAUCAAUGACAAAUGGUAUUUCAAGAUCAAGAUCUGAUUCCACGAGUCUUUCCAGAAAUGCAGAAUCAAACAUUCCGAGGUCACUUUCUCGAAUAAGCGAGGAAACAUCCGGGUUACAAAAUGAUGCGUUUAGUAGUGACACCUAUCCCUUGACACAGGAAACACUCUUCCCAAAGCGAUGUGUUUCGGGUAUUGUACGGACAUUUAGCAGAGAAAUAAAUUCAAGAUCAGCAGAUGAAGAGACUGCACUUCUUGAUUCGUCGCCUUUUGGAAACCCUAAAACACUCGAGGAAAAUCGAUCAUCAUCUUCAUCAUUAGUUUCGUCUGAUUUAGAUUCAUUCGAUGAAAACCAAUCGGAGUCAGGGGAAGACGACGAGGACGAGGAAGGGUUUGAAGUAGAAAGUACAUUUUAAAUAAAUCAUAUUGAAGUUAUAUAGAAACAUAAUUAAUGUACAUGCAUAGCAAAAUUAUAAGCACUACCGAUGGGAUAAUUGUUAUCAUAUUUUGAUGUCGUACUCAUUGGAGAAAUCAAGAUAUGAUGCAUUAUGAGGAAUCUUGAUGUUACAUAAUGUUCUGAUUAUUACCAUUAACUGUCAAGUAUAGUAUUGAGACAACAUUUACCACAUUGUCAUUGUGCUUUAAAUAACUACCAUGGCAACUAAAAAGUUAUCAAUAUAUUCGGUUACAAUUCUACUUGUGUGACCAGUUGACCCUUUCUUUUUAAACCAAACAGUAGAUACAAGAAAAGUAGCCAGCUUUGAGGGAGAUUUAUUAUGCUUGGUAUAGAAAGAAUGCAUGUCAUAUUGUCAUAUACAUGGAAAAAUUA